AUGUUGCGUGCUUUAUUAAAUAAAUUUUGGGAUGAAGAUGUUUGGCUGCCGCCGAAUACUACUUGGGAGGAUAUAACUCCAGGGCCGGAUAAGGCUGUGGUGUACGCGGAUUACAGACACCUCCUAUAUCCCAUCCCCUUGGCGUUCGUGUUAAUAGCUUUACGACAGGUAUUAGAAAAAUAUUGGUUUGCACCUUUCGGAAGGUCACUAGGUAUUAAGAACACAAGACCAAAGAAAGCUCCAAGUAAUUCAAAACUAGAAUUAGCAUACACCGAGUGUCCCAAAAUAAAACAUAAACAGAUAUGUGCUCUAGCGAAGCAGUUGGACAUGUCAGAGAGGCAGGUGGAGAGAUGGUGGAGGUUGAGGAGGAGCCAGGAUAAGCCAUCUACCCUUGUGAAGUUCUGCGAGAACAUGUGGCGGUGCACGUUUUAUUUGUACAAUUUUUCAUACGGAAUAUUCAUUCUAUGGGACAAGGAAUGGCUGUGGGACAUCGAUCAGUGUUACAUUGGUUAUCCUCAUCAGGGCCUCACUCCGGAUAUUUGGUGGUACUACAUGAUAUCGGCAGCCUUCUACUGGUCCCUCACCAUAUCUCAGUUCUGGGAUGUUCGUCGUAAAGACUUCUGGCAGAUGUUCGUUCACCACAUCGCUACCAUCUUGCUGCUGUCUUUCAGCUGGGUGUGUAACCUUCAUCGGAUUGGUACACUGGUGCUGCUGCUGCAUGAUUGUGCUGAUAUAUUCUUAGAGGCUGCUAAGGCGGCGAAAUACGCUAACUAUCAGAAGCUAUGUGACGCGAUAUUCACCGUGUUUACAGCGCUGUGGAUUAUGACCAGAUUAGGAAUAUAUCCUUUCUAUAUCAUAUGGAGUACAUCGAUUCGUGCCCCCAUGUUGCUACCAAUGUUCGCUGCCUACUACAUCUUCAACUCAUUACUGUGCCUCCUACUGGCUUUACAUAUGGUCUGGACGUGGCUCAUAUUACAAGUCGCCUAUAAAGCUAUCAAUGCUGGGAAGAUGGAAGGUGACAUAAGGAGUUCUAGUUCAGAAUUCAGUGACAGUUCACACCAGUCAAACCACAGUACGCCGAAUAGGAACAGCAAAAAGUAA